AUGUCCUCGGCGGAAGAAGAUGCGAUGAAGAGAUUAAAAAUGAACAACGAUGUAGUCGUGCUACCGGCCGAUAAGGGAAGAGCAACGGUCAUGAUGGACCGCAGUGAUUACAACGCGAAGUCACAAGCCCUCCUCGACGACCAACAAUCCUACCAACCCACGCCUCCCUCACAGGCUAAAUUUAUGAUCAGCCAGCUAACUGGUCUCCCGAACCGACUCCGACGCAACAACGUGAUAUCACAAGACGAAUGGCGACGAACCAAACUAACCGACACAGCACUGGCUCGGUUUUACGGAUUGCCCAAAAUCCACCAACCCAACGUUCCACUCCGGCCAAUCGUGGAAUUGAAAGGCAGCCGUACUUUCAACCUAUGCAAAUGGAUGUCAUGA